GGCCUGUUUGAAUUUUUGGGCCUGCUAUCAUAAAAUCUACAUAUUGCAUCCAACCUACCAUUUACUCCAUUUAUUUAUCACCCAAAUAUGAAUUCCAAAAGGAUUAUUUACUCUCGCAACUUUAUCAUUCAUUUACGACCCAAUGACUUUCAUAUUCCCAAGAAAUCAAGGAGGAAGCAUCGUAGUGGCUGGCAAAGAGCUCUUAAACGUACACCAAUACACUUAACCACGGUCCCUGUCAUAAUGAACACUAACUGCCGCUCUCUGCCAAACAAAAUAAUGUACCUACAAUCCUUGAUGUCCACUGACACUUAUCACAAUACUGCGAUAAUCACAUUACAAGAAACAUGGUUACACGAACUGUACGAUGACAAUCUCAUCUCUCUAAAGGACUUCAUCCUAUUUAGACAAGACCGAAAAUGUUGUAAUAAGAAAAAUGGGGGUGGAGUAGCAACUUUCAUUAACUCAAAAUGGUCUAUUUCUAAUAAUGUUUGCUUCUCAUUCUCAAAUGACUUCAUAGACUGCAUCACCGUCAAAUGUCGUCCCAAACAUCUCCCCAAAUAUAAACACAUCUUUAUCACAAACAUGUACAUUUCUCCAAGUUGCUCACUAUCUAAUCUUUCAAAUUUUGCUGAUGAAUUCACCAUGUUUGCUGCUGCCAACUUCGAUAACUCUCUAUCUGUUAUUACUGGGGACUUCAACUCGUCAGAUUGCUCCUUCCUUGAAGCACUUGGUCACUCUAACAUUGUCAAAUUUCCCACUCGACUAGACAAAACACUUGAUUUAGUUUUUACAAAUGACGAAGGAAUCUAUGAAGCACGUAAACGUGCACCGAUCCUCAACUCUGAUCACUCUAUUGUUCGUGUUCUACCAAAAAUUUACAGCAAAACACAUAUUAAAGUCUUCUCGCAUCUGUCUAUGAAAGCACAACAAAGAUGCUACUCAUCCGAAAACUUACUCAAUCUAAGGUGCAUGUUACAAAAUACUAACUGGGAUUUAUUCCAUGAAAGUUCAUUAGAUGACACAAUUGUCAAUAUAACGGAUUAUCUUAAGUUUUGCCUUGAUAUAUGCUGUCCCAAACAAACUCUAUUCAAACGCCUCGACCGCUUCUCAUCUCCUUAUCUCAAACAACUUCGCAGGAAAAAAGAAACUUUAUACAAAUCCAAAGACAAGUUAGGACUCAAAAAGAUUAAUGCUCAGAUCAAAUCUGAAAUCAAAAAUCUUAAUGCUAUCUAUAAUGAUACACUUUUAUCAUGUAAAUCUCCAAUCAGUAUGUGGAAACUUUUUAAUGAAAUUACUGGUAAUAGUAAGCGUUGUAAUGCUUUUCCCUCUUAUGAUGUUAAUGCUCUUAAUCAGUCUUUUAUACGCUGUCCUUCUACUUUAACUACUUCUAAUGUUACCUAUCAUGUAGCUGAAAACUUUCAUGACUUUAAUACUCUCGAUGUUCUAAAAUGUCUUAAAACGCUCAAGCCCUCACGUAGCCUUGGUCCUGAUGGUAUACCUGCCUAUGUUCUAAAACAAUGUGCAGAUGUGUUGUGUUCUCCACUAACCAACAUCCUAAAUGCUUCUUUCUCCAAAAAUAUCGUACCUGAUGCAUGGAAAGACAUCAAAAUUGUCCCUGUCCCUAAACCUGGAAACGGCAAGAACGUAAAGUUCAGACCCAUUGCCAUCACUUCCCCGUUUCUAAAGCUUAUGGAAAAACUAAUACUUCUUAAACUUGAACCCUCCCUUAAAAACUUCGAAGACCCCAAACAAUUUGCCUAUAGACAGGGUAGGAGUACAUUAGACGCUGCAGCUGUCUUACACAACAACAUCGUCUCAUCAUUAGAUAAAGGUGCCAAAUACGUCCGCUGCACGUUUCUUGACUUCACUUCUGCUUUCGACUCUGUUCCUAGAUGUCUCCUGCUAAAUAAGCUCUCUUUGACAAAAACUGAGUCCUGGGUCACUAACUGGUUGCAUUCCUACUUCUCUAACAGAAUGCAGUACACCGUAUACAAAGGUAAAUCAUCCUCUGCUGUACUCACUGAAGCCGGAGUCCCCCAAGGCGCUGUACUCUCCCCACUUCUCUUUUCUUUCUUUCUACAUGACUUACCAUCUUCAAAUGACAUUAAUUUUGUCAAAUACGCUGACGAUCUGUCUGUAUCUUUGCCUAUCAAAUGUCAAAGCGACUGCUCUAAACUUAAUGGCUUUCUGUCAGAAAUCAGCCAGUGGUCCAAGGAAAAUGGUCUUACCCUAAACCCCUCCAAAUGCCAAACGGUCAAUUUCACCUUUAGGCAUAAAUCCGACCUAAACAAACUGUUUGGCUCUUACGAGGUAUGCAACAUAGACGGCACUGAAAUAGAAACUAAAUCGGAAAUUAAAUACCUAGGUGUCAUUCUAUCUGCUGAUCUCUCCUGGUCGUCUCAUAUCUUAGCAAUUUCUAAGAAAAUAUUCCGUCUUACCUUCUACAUUAAGAAGUUAAAACAUUCUGGUAUUACCCAACCCUUACUCCUACAAUUCGUUAAUUCUCGCAUCCUGCCUAUUAUUCUCUAUUGUUCCCCCUUAGUUUUUCCCGGGCUACUGAAGAAAGACUAUAACAUAUUACGCAGGAUGUUAAAUGUUGUCAGCAGGGUAAGCAACGUGCCACUUAACCAGCUUGUUAAUAUUCUGGUUGACAGGCACAUGGACUCAUGUGAAAAAUGGGCCAAAUCCAUUUUAUCUAACUCACACCACCCUCUUCACUCACAACUCUCCCCUUGCAUCUCAUCAGGUAAAACCAGAAGCCAAUAUAGAAAACUAUAUGCUCGCACCAGCAAGUACAAAAACUCAACCAUACCCUACUUAGCUCGUGUUCUGUGUGAUAAAGAAAGCAUUAGGCGUGACACCUAUAAUUCAUUAAAUAGUCAGUAGUACAACUGGAUCUCGUCUUUCCAACCCACAUCAUCAAUAGGUACAACAUUUUCUUUCUUUCUUUUCCUUUUCUCUCUCUUCUUUUUCCGUUAUGUGCUGCUUUGUCUCUUUCUCUCGCUUACGCCAGUUAAUAAGACAGCUCCCACUUUUCUAACACCUUCAAACACUGUUUCAGCUUUACCUUUGCUACUGACAUGCCAAUGUAUUGUUGUAAUAAUGAACUGUGGUUUCCUCAAUCUAUGUAGAAUUCUAUUUAUUGAUAAUGUACUAACUGGAUGCAAUACUGUAGUAAAAAUGCUGAGAAUUCCAUUCUGUAUCACAAGUACUGUUUUGGAAUAAAGCAAAUUAUUAUUAUUAUUAUUAUUAUU